AUGGCCUCCUUCCUCUUCCUCGCCCUCCUCUCCCUCACUAUCUUCCUCUCUCUCACCUCCGCCGCCCGCAAUCGCCACCCGCCUCGCAGCCACGUCAUCUCCCCCAACCCUCAGAUCCAGCAAGCCUGCAAAGCCACGCGCUUUCCCGACGCAUGUCAGGCCUCCUUAGCCGGGCUUGUCACUGACCCGAACACCACCCCAGUCCAGAUCAUCCAGUCCGCCAUCCAGGUGUCCACCGAUGGCCUGCAGACAGCGCAGAAGAUGGUCAAGUCUAUCCUAGACUCGUCCGCAGGCAACGAAAACCGCACCACCGCCGCUAAAAACUGCCUCGACGUCCUCGGCAACUCCGAGUACCGCAUUUCGCUCUCCACCGACAGCCUGUCACGUGGAAGCAUUAGAAACGCACGUGCCUCGAUGAGCGCCGCGCUGCUCUACCAAUACGACUGCUGGUCGGCCCUUAAGUAUGCCAACGACACACAGAUGGUCAACCAAACGAUGUCGUUUCUCGACUCCCUGACCGGAAAAUCCAGCAACGCCCUCAGCAUGAUGUUCUCGUACGACAACUUCGGGAAGGACACCAAGUCGUGGGCCCCGCCCAAGACCGAGCGCGACGGGUACUGGGAGCGGGUCGAGGGCGGAGGGUCCGGCCAGGAGGUUCGGGUCGGAGUGCCGCCGGGUUUAAACGCGGACGUGACGGUUUGCAAGGAGGAGAGCGAGAAAUGCUACAGGACGGUGCAGGAGGCGGUAAACGCCGCACCGGCUAACGCGGGAGCGAAGAAGUUCGUGAUUCGUAUAAAGGCUGGGGUGUACGACGAGAUCGUGAGGGUGCCCUUAGAGAAGCGGAACGUGGUGUUUUUGGGUGACGGGAUGGGCAAAACGGUAAUUACUGGGUCGUUGAAUGUGGGCCAGCCCGGAAUUUCCACGUACAACACUGCCACAGUCGGUAGUAGAUAG